AUGCUGAGGUCGGGGGCUCUGCUGCUGGCCGUGUUGCUUCAGGCCUCCAUGGAAGUGCGUGGCUGGUGCCUGGAGAGCAGCCAGUGUCAGGAGCUCACCACGGAAAGCCACCUGCUGCAGUGCCUCCGCGCUUGCCAGCUCGACCGCUCGGCCGAGACGCCCGUGUUCCCCGGCAACGGCGACGCGCAGCCGCUCACCGAGAGCCCCCGGAGGUACGUCAUGGGCCACUUCCGCUGGGACCGCUUCGGCCGCCGGAACGGCAGCAGCGGCGGCGGCGCGGGGCAGAAGCGCGAGCAGGAGCAGGUCGCGGCGGCCGGGGACCGCGGCGAUGGCGCCGAGCCCGGCCCGCGCGAGGGCAAGCGCUCCUACUCCAUGGAGCACUUCCGCUGGGGCAAGCCGGUGGGCAAGAAGCGGCGCCCGGUGAAGGUGUACCCCAACGGCGCCGAGAACGAGUCGGCCGAAGCCUUCCCCGUCGAGGUCAAGCGCGAGCUGGCCGACGGCCCGGCCGAGGACGCGGACCCGGAGUACGGCCUGGUGGCGGCGGCCGAGAAGAAGGAUGAGGGCCCCUACAGGAUGGAGCACUUCCGCUGGGGCAGCCGGCCCAAGGACAAGCGCUACGGCGGCUUCAUGUCGUCGGAGAAGGGCCAGACGCCGCUGGUGACGCUGUUCCGCAACGCCAUCGUCAAGAACGCGCACAAGAAGGGCCCGUGAGCGCCGCCUCCCCACGCCGCCUGUCCUUAGGAAAUAAACCCGUUUUCCCAUUUCA